AUGGAUUCGCUUGUGGACUUCUUGGGCCGCAACCGUCAAGGCGCGUGCACUCGAUUGGCAGGGGAGGUGUGGUUCAGCCCAGAAGAGACAAGCAGGAUCUUGCAGUUCCUUGGAAUCACUGAAAAGGCAUUCAAAGACAAAUAUGUGAACAAAGAGAUGGAGGGUUGGAACAGAGUGCAUCGGGUCAGAGGAGAUGAUCAUCCAACUUUCACGCUGGUCUCCCCCGAUGCUGAUGAUGAGGGAAGCUCAGUGGAUUCAUGGAACGAGCAUGUCGUCUUGACGGAUGAAGAGGCUCAGAAUUAUGAUGGCGAGGAUAAGAAAGUUUGGACCAAGAAGAACGGAGGAUGUGAAGGAAUGAAGGAGGUAUUGUCAAGGGACAGCAACAGAAAUGCACAUCAUGACCAGGACAAGAUGGUGUCAGUGGAUGAGAUACGAAAGCUUCUGGUCGACUAUGAGGAUACAUACUGCAUGUUUCCUGAAGAGCCAUGGAAAUGGUUCGUAUAG